AGAUUGUUGCUUAAUUCAAUGUGCAAAUUAGGUGGCUGUUACUAAUAGCAAUAUAUUGCUCAAAGUCAGCAGCGAGAGGACCUAGGUUAGCUGUUUAUUGAUCAAUUGAUACCGUGAGGCUCCAUUUUCAGUUCGCUUAACAAGUUUUUAUUCAGUGCUGAAAUUUAACUCCCCUCAAGUCUAAUUGGUUUUGAGAUUGGCAGAAGUGCAUACUCAUAUUCGAGCAUUUGGCUGAAAUUUAUGCGAUGAAUGCAGUCGGGCUGUAGAAGUUGUCAACUUGUACUCACCUUUCAUUACGUUUUCAUUGAUAUCGUCGUUAGCAAAAGCAGAAAUCGGUCCAUCUUUCACGACGCAAAGGAUGUCCAAAUUUAUCCCAAUGCGGGGACUGAGGUGAAGAGAAAAUAGCAAGGACCACUAAGGAGCUAUCGUUAAAACCCAAACACUGUUAAGUGUUGAAGACAAUUAGAUCGAGAUCGUUCGAUCGAGCUUACGUUCAACCAUGGAGGCUCUCAGUGUAUUUCAUCGACUUGUACCGGGUCGCCGGCAAAGGGGUAGGUAUCGACUCAGCUCCUCUCAAGCGGCUGAGAGUGUAAACCGAAGUAUGGAUAGCAUUUUGGACGAUCUCGAGGAAGCAAAAAGGAGACGCCGAUUAUCAUACCCAGCAUCGGAGGUAGGCACUAGAUAAUACAAAAUUAGUAAUACCUGUAACCAAAUUUCGUUGGUGUGUGUGCAUUUUGCUGUUGUAUUAUAUUGUUCAACCAGGGUUUUAACGAUCCAAAGGUUGAUGCUUUCUACCGGCAGCUGCUCUGUUGGAAUCGAUUGUCCCCGUUCAUUUAUUUUCAGUUGAAGUAUUUUACGUAUAACUUAUAAAAAGCGAUGUUAGUGUCUCAGAAAAUGUUCGAGUUUCGUGUUUUUACUAUGAAAUAUUGGCUUAUUUUGAAUCCGUUCACAACAGUUGUUUGGGUUAAAAAUAAAAUUUUACGAAAGUUUUCGUCCAGUAUAACACAGGAAAUGUCAGUUCCGUUGUUAAGAGUACCCUUAUUCGUCUCGUGAUGGGCACUCAAAUGCACUUCUUAACGGUCAACUGCACCCCACUGCGUCUACGCUGACCGCAUGCAGAAAUAGCAACAAAUAAUGAUUAUCUUUUCAGUAGUUCUUUUGUCAUGAUCAUCUGCUGAGUGUUUUUCGAUAUCACGCAAGCUGUUACCAACUGGCAGUAAUAUGACUGGCGUUAAAUGACAAACGACGAAUUUUCAUCAACUCUGGAUCGUACGAUAAAAAAUAAAAACUGUCAUAGAAGCAGAAAAGAAUUACUCCUUCCGCAGUCCAUUAAUCGCUUUAAAAGCUAAACAAAUUCAAAUAAAAUGGACAAACAAGCAUAUCAAACUAAUAGCGUUUCCGGCGGCUGGAGCUGAAACAUCAAAUAAUACAUUCAAAUUAUACAAAUAUAAUAUGCAUACGCAGUGAACACAUCCAUGCCGAGAAAGAAAGAAAACUUAAGGUGGCUCGACUGGAUUUUUUAGGGAGGAUACCUCCAAAGUUUCAGUCUUAAUUACAUCGGCAUGAGUAAAGAUAUAGGGAAAAGGUUACCACAACUAUAUUAUAUGAAAAUGAAAAUUUCUUAUGAUCCGGUUUUUAUUGCAAUCGGAGUCGCCAUGGCAAAGUUUGAACAAAUUCUAUGGGAGCGUUUUGGAAAUAUUUUGAAACGAAGUUUUAAGAAUCAUAAAAACAGUGAAAUAUAUGGCAGUGCCAUCGACACAAUUAGCUAAUAUUUUAAGAAAAUGAUAAGCUUUGGAAACGCGGCUUCAUCUCAUAGAGGUUUAAUUCCAUUGAAAACAACUGCCUACUUAAAAUGAGGGGAAUUGCUCUGGGCGAUCGCGAGUAAGAAGAACUUUAUUAACUUGCAUUCAGCUGCUUUUGUUACAAUUUUUGCACGUCGUAUUCAAAAAAACGCUUGAUAAUUUUUUUUAUAAACUUGACAAUCCAGAGAUCAAUCCACAAAUAAAGCUAGGAAGUUUCAAGAUUAUUGAAAACAGGGAAGGCUUUUAAAUAGGGCCUCAAAUAUAAGCAAUUAAAGAAAAGCACGCAAAAACGGUAUAUAGCUCUUUUCAUUUUCUAGUCUACUCCAUUUGAUAAAGCCGGAAGUUCCGCUUGUGAGCGAGCGUGGAGCACCCUGGGUAGUAAAAUCCGUGCUCUAUCCGGAUCAACAACAUUUUGCUUGUUAAGGAGCAAUAAUCGAUUAUGGUUCCUGUUGUUGCGUGAUAGCACGUCUGUUAGCCUCCAUUGCAGGCAUUUUCGUUGGGUGCGCGAGUGUUUUUGUUCGCGUAAUCGCCAUUUUGAACUGAACCGCAAUGACAAGGUCAAUAAGGCAUGUCCAUGCCUCAGGGGCACCCAACGUCAAUUUUCGGAAAGUAUCUGUUCGGAAGACGAUUUAAGAUCUAGAAUUUUCGGAACAUUUGUUGUCAAAUUUCUUGCUUGCCUGCCUCUUCUAAGAUUUUCGAACAUCUAAAAAAUGAUAUAACUGCUCAUUUUUAACGGAUUUUUACCCUAGAAAGGUCACCUAGAAUUUUCGGGAGCCUUUUUUCUGGCUGAAAUUGUCGAAAAGGUAAGUUUUGAUCCGUAAAAUUUUCGGAUCACUAGACUUUUAGCUAGGAAAUCCGAACAGAUGAAAAACUUUUAGGGGAUAAAAAUAUGCCUAUAUCUACCGUUUAAAUACUAAAUUACGUUCAACAAUGCUAUGUUUAAGUGGUUUUGAAAUAUAUUCUCGUUGGGUGCCCCUGAUGCCUUCACGGCGUUCAGUCAGGAGCCGGUAAUCAGCUCCUUCCAUCAUCCGUCCACACCACAUGAAAAUUGUGUAAUUACCUAAACCAAAAAAAAUUAAAUGAAGAAAUAACUUGGAUCAUAGCAUAAAAUCAUCCUGUCACAUUAAUUCUUACGUAUACUAGGCUGCACACUGGGAGUUUUCUGAGUGCUAUCGGCCCCAUUCCCUCGUAGCAGUUGUUUUUUGUUCGUGCGCGCCAACAAUAUCGCUAGCUACGCAGUCUGCAUUCUUACAAGACGAGUUAUCCACAUCUAGCGGUCGAAACAAGCGGUUAAGCAUCACUUAAUUGGAAUUUUUCUUUAUAAAAAAUUAAGCUAUUCAUCAGGAAGCACUUUAAGUUUAAGUAUGCUAUUUAACAUUUGGUUGCGAGUUAUUCUGGCUAUUUUUUGACCACGUGUCUCGUGGAGGAAUGCGAAGAAAACGUAGAAUGAGUGACCCAUCUCAUUCCCAGAUCCUCGUGAUGAAAGUACAGGUCGGAAUAAUUAAUGAAUCUGACGAGAAUAUUGUUCAGUAUUGUUUUUGCCAUCGCCUGUUUUUCAAAAUGAAAAAUCCCUCAUUUUUUUCACACCCCUUUUAUCUAAAAUUGUUUUGAAGUUGUCCGUAGUCUCGUGAGUGAAGGCCGAAGGUUACUAUAGCAUCACUCUUUGGUAUGCUGAUGUAAGAAAAUGGGACUAUGCUCUCUUAGGCCGGGUGAUAUUGUCACACGAAGUAUGUUUACUAACCAUGUAUAUUUAAUUUUAGAUUCGUGAUGUCUAUUUAUAACAACAUUACCUGUUAGCCCAUCUCCUCCGGACAUUCAUUGUGUAAAAUGUUUCGAAAGCAUGUCGGAACUCGUCACUUGAACUCGGCCUUGAACUCAGCUCACCGUCACAAGGCCAGAUAGAGUAUAAUCGUCAUGCAACGAAUUUUGGCCACCCAGAUACUUUUAAACGCAUUCAGGGCUUUUCCUUGAAAUAAAUUAAAGUUUGUAAGCUUCUGUUUGAUUAAAGUUAUUUCUAGUUUCCGUCUUACACCAGCUUUGAAAAAAAGAGGCCACCCUCCCCUCCCUCAUCUCUGUAAAUAUCACGUGUCUAGGGCCCAAUCUCAUACUGACUUUGGUCGAUUUUGAUGGAACACAAUCCAGAUUUUCGAUGAAGAAUUACUAUGUUGGAAAAGAACUAAUUUUCCAAAGCGGAAGAUGGUUCUAUUUCCGCGCAGAUGUCGGUGUAAUCUACUAAUAUUUCGUGUUUUAUUUGUUCCCUAUUUGCAAACAUAAGCUGCGGGCUAUCAAGAGACUUAGAACGGUGAAGAUGUCGUCGAAUGGUCUGGCGGUUUCGGAAGCCAUCCAGCAAAUUCAACUCGUGCAAGGCAUGAUAGAUACAACUGCCUCGAGUUUGAACAGCUUACGAACUCAGUUUCCGACAAACAACGACUUGAUACAGCAAGAAAUUCGCACCUCUGAGGUAAAUAAUAUCGCUUAAACUUCUCAAUUUUAACUCUUUAGGAACAGUUGGGAGCUUGAUGUCCUCCGGGUUUGUUCAGCGGUCAACUCGACCACUAACCCCUAUGGGAUAUAUUGAUGCAAGAUUGGCAAAAUUUGGCUACUUUCGAUACAAAUCCUUUUGCUUUUGAUUGUCUGUCGCGGAGUUUGACUUAGAAUUUUUCGCUCUUCCCAUUUUUAAAACGCACUUUAAAAGCUAUUAGUGUUGUGCUGUUAACUGGCGGUUGCGACGUGACCGAGUAUUGACAAUUGUCGUUAAUGCUGAAAAUUUUAUUGAUGUUUACGUUAACCAACAAGGGAUCGUCACACGAUAUUCUUAGCUUUCCAUAAGCGAAAGCCCAAAAUUGAUAAAACCUCGUCCUAAAAACAUACUUUUCGCUUUGAUAGAUAGUUUGUUUACACUUUGUAAAGAUUCGAGAUCGAGGUUGUACUUUCUUAUUGGCAUUUCGGGUGCCGUCUUUCCCUUUACAGACCUUGAAUCAAUAUCAUUAACGGGUAAUUCUUUCACCUAAGAGACAUCUUCAACAAGAAAUAGAUGCAUUGGCUGUAUGCUUGGUAGUUGGGAAGAGUCUUAAAUUCUUGGAAAAGACCUAAAAGUUAGAAAAUUUAUAAUGAAAGCCGCCUCCAGGCUUCCCUGUUCUACAUCUUAAUUUAGAAUUAACAACCUAAGACCCUGUUCAUACGUCAUGCUUCUGGGGUGCCAAAUGGAAUAAUUGCAAUUAUUGUAGUAGGGUUCAACAUAAGCGUGAUGGGGGCACAACUUCAAGUCAGACGUUGUACCAGAUUCAAACUUUAUUGUGAAUGUACACCAAUGAGUAUCGAGUCAGUGGUAAAUAAAACACAAAAGUAUAUAUUUCCAAAAUCACAUUUCCAAAAUUUAUGAAUUUUGCUCAACGUGGCAUACGCAGGUUGUUUGAAUCUCUGCUGUGCCAAAGUCGUGUAGAAAAGCAUGCCUUGUCAAAUUUAAUUGAUCUGUAGAACCGAAUUUAAAAAUUUGAUUCAGACGUCCUGCUUCUACCCAUGCUUUUGUUGAACUCAAUAAAAGAAUAAAGUUCAGCAUAGCAGAAGCACGAUGUACAAACUUGGUAUGAUUGAAAAAUGUAUAUUAAAUAGUUUUGCAGUUGACUUAUUUUGCAAGUUUCACCACUGUACAGUCGAACCCCUACUAAUGGUCACCUCUCCACAAUUGCCACCUCUCUACAAUGGCCACCUCUCUACGGCAGCCAUUUUAUUCUGUCCCCAAGGUGGCCAUUGUAGAGAGGUUCAACUGUAUUACUGUAUCUCGACUUGUGUUCUCCACAUUCUGAAGAAAAUAAGUCGUCUGUCUCACAGGCACAGAGGAGAAAAAAUGUAACCAGCAGUCACAAAAAUAUUGAUGUCAUGAACUGCAAAAUUUGAAAGAAAAGUCAUAAUCAGGAACCAACUAUGUCCAAGAAAAGUCAUACUCAAAAUUACUCUCCCUUCUACCAACUUAACAAAUUUUAUUGGAAAAAUGUUGUAAGUGCUUAUUUAUAAGAACCGAUCAUACUUGCCACCUUAUUACAGAAGAAAUGAAUUAAUAAUAGAUUGCUUGGUAUUUCCAAAUUAAUAAUGCAUACUCAAUAAAGUCUUUGGACAAUUUCUCUGAGAAUUCUGACCACCAGGUAUUUGGUGUGUUGUUGUCCUUUGCUAAUGUGUGAUAAUGCAUCUGAAACAAAGGAAAACUUUAAACCAGUGUUAAAAUAAAGUUGACUUUUGAGUGCUGUUGAAACUGUGCCAAUGAGUUAAAUUAGGUUAUUUUUUCAGAGUAAAAUUUGCAUUUUAAUAGAAUGUAGCAGACACAAAAUUACUUAGGUAUGAAAUCACUGCCUUUUCUUGUGAUCACUUAGCUUUUAAACUGGAAUUUGAGUGCAUUCUCUGCCCUUAAUAUAAAUCCACUAGAAAUUACCUGGUCCAUUGACAUAAAAGCACAAUGAAAUACAUUCAAAAGGUUGAUAUAAAACAGCUAUUUUAUAUAUGAUAAUGUCAAUUAUUACUAAAAUGCAUUUCAUAGUAAACGUGCAUGUGCAUAAUUAUUAUUAAUUUUUUUCUGCGUGUAUGAAUUCAGUUUUAUGCAAUUUAUUCUCUGCAUGUAUCCAUUUUAUUCACUUCACUGACUUGCAUUGUCUAGAUGUAGAUUUAUUAUAGCUGCAGAUCACAUUAAAUUGUACGGCUGACAUUCACCCAAUAUAUUUCCAGUCAUGAUAAAAGUAAAUGAAGACUGUACAUGUGUACAUGCUUUACUUAGUGUCCUUGUGUGCUCAAAAGUUACUUUGUACUCGUCCUGUUGCAUGUUCACUUUUCCUUUACGUGACAUUGUAUGAUUAAUCUAUACAAGUGCUUAAUUUUUCAUUUUGUUUAUAUUGAUUUAAGGGGAAGCUUGUCAAAUUGUUUUCAAGGCAAUUGGUAGCUAAGCAAAGGUGCGGCGAAGACUGGAAACAGUGUACGAAGCUACGAGAGUACCCUGAACUGGAGCGAUGGCUUCAAGUGGUAGGGAUCAAUGAAGAAGCUAUUAAGGUACAGUAAAUUAUUAUGCUCAACAUGUUCUGUUGAGAUAAGUAAAGGUAGCCUGAGAAAAAAGCCGACAUUUUGCAAUGCCUUCGGUGGUGCAAAAAUUUCAUACUGAUGACGCAUCACUAGUUAGAUCGUGGUGGUGCUUCUGGAGUGAUUAGAUGAGGCAAAUUUCCAACCUGCCAGAAGCACUUCCCAGAUCUGGGUAAUUACGCGUCAUCAGUAAUAGAUUUAUGCACUCAUUUCUCAGAGGUCAUUUCAUGGGGAAACCACUGUUGGCAUCACGUAAUGUGAGUUGUUUUCUCAGGCUAAAUUGAAGGUGGCAUAUUGUGAGAAUACUAUCUUCUCGCCUGUUCAAAUGUGGAUAAAACUAUCCUUUGGAUAAAAUAAUCUCUAUCUGUGGAUAAUGCAUUUGGUUUUCUUUAAUCUGUCUUAUCCACUGGAUAGUGAUUAAUUUGGCUGAUAGUGCUAUACAGCCUUUAUACAGCCAGGGCCUAGUGUUGAAGCCAUGUGAAAGUAGUGUUUGUUGCUAGUUCCCUUCCUGUUUUGGAGAGGGCUUCUCCCAGAUACUUGCCUUCUCUUCUGGACUGGUUGUAGUUAAAAAUGGGGAAAAAUCACUCUAAAAGUUUUCUUGUUCAUCUCACUAAGUUUUCUUCAUCUUUCAGAUCACUGAAAUAGGCCACAAUUUUGUUUUGAAAGCCUUUGCUUUCACUUGCAUGAAUUAAAUUUUCCAGAAUUUAUAGGGAAAGUAUAGCUCAGCACUUCUCUAAUUGGCCAGAUUUGGGGUGUGUAGUAUUACAGAUACAUUUUGUGUAUACCAGUGCUUAGACUUAGUGAAUCAGUUGGCAAAUCCCGACGGUGACUGCUAAAUACACAUUUGAUUGUAUUUCUUUUGUUUACAUAACUACACUUUUUUAUUUUUUGAAGCAAUAAUCAGGGCUUUAAUUUUUCCCAUUAUUUAAUUUUUGCUCAUUUUUGUCUUCAGAAAUUAGAAGAAAUAUGUAGUACACUGGAAGCGCUUUUGACCCUACCUGAUGAGAAAGUAAGGGCAGUGCUUGAGAACUAUGAAGAUGGCCAGGAAGAAAGUAGAAAGUUGAUUGCAGCUUUGAAACAUCUUAAGGUCUACUCAGGUACAUAAUACACAAAAUUUUGUGAGUACAGUGUAAAUGGUGGAGUACAAUGCAGGAAUCUCCCGUACAAUUUACAUCAACAUGAUGUAAAGUAGGGAGGAGCAAGUUACCACACAAUUCCGAAAAUAAGCCCCUCCAUGUAUAAGCCCUUCCAAAUAUAAGCCCCGUAAACUUGUAACGCAAAAACCCAUCCAUUAAAUUGCCUCUCCUUAUAUAAGCCCCCCAGGGGUUUGUACUUGGAAAUUGCCCUCAAAUACAAAGUAAAACAAAGAAAAAACAGUAGAUUUCCUUCCCACUGUAAUGAUAGCCCAAUUAAUUUAGAAACACAAAUUUCCCUCCAUAGAUAAGCCCCUCCGAAAAUAAGCCCCUCAAAAAGGGCCUUUGAAAAAUAUGAGCCCCAGGGCUUAUUUUCAGGAUUUUACAGUACUGUAUACCAGUGGGGCUUGAUCAGUACAACUGCCCUUAACCAGACGUACUUAUUUACACAAUACCGUGGACCUUAUGAAGGGAAGUUUAGUUUGGUGUGAAUUAUCAGAGAUUUCGAAAAACCGAGGAUUCUGGAAAUUGGGACAGUAGAUAAAUGUUGGCUCUGGAAUUAAUUAAGACAAAAACAAAAGAUUUGAAUGUUACAGAACUGUGCAUGUACUUUUACUAUAAUUUUGUGGUACUUAAACUGUAAUGGUAGUACAUCAAUCUUUAUUGUUGUUGGUGGUACUUUAAAGCAGAUAAGGUUUUAACUAAGUUUCAGCCAGUGAAUGAAUACGUGAUUGUACUGUUUGUACAUUCUAAGUAUACCCACCACUGUGCAUUGUUAAGUAACCUCAUCGUAACCAUUGUUAUCAUUUACCUAAUGCUAACUGUACGGCUGCAUUGGCCUUAUUCCAUUAUAGAACGUCUAAGACAGGGUCACAAAGACAGCACCUCUGACAUCUACUGGACCUCUUGGGACACUGGUAAGACCAGAGAGAGGGGCCACUCCACCUCUCCAUCAGAGCGAUCUUCCCGCUCAUCUGUCACAUUGGACAAUGAUGUACUGUCAGUCCCAGAUGGUGACUCCACUGGGGGAUCCAGGCUUUCAACACUGUCUACCAGUGAUAAUGAAUCUGUUGUAAGUCCUAAGCAGCGUAUUGCUCUACCCUUCCUGUUCACUACCCGUUCCGAUGGCCUGGUCUUGCCACUCAAGAGAAGUGUGUCUGAUGAGGUGAAUUUAGGUAUGACAAUGUUAUGUUUUAGUUUGUAAACCGUUAAGUUCCAAAAGUAACAACUCUCCAAAAUUAGCAACCCCACGAGUGUUUUCCCCUUUUUGCAAGAAAGAAAGGAAAUGAUAGAUAUAGCAAGCAAGCCAUUUCAAACUGAUCCAAGGUUUAUUUUUAAUCGUUAUGAUGAUCCUUGACAUUCCUAUUCAACUAAAGACUCUCUGAAAACUCAUACCGAAAUCAAACAAGUCUUUCGAGUUAUUCUGAUUUAAAACAAUAACACCAAAUAAGUUUCUCCAAAUAAAAAUUUUGGUUGUUUUCACAUUUGUCACAAUAUGAUAUUACUGUAACUUCAAAUGGCCCAUGUAUGGUACACGUUUUAGCUACCUGAAAGUAGCUGCAAUAGAACAAGGCUGCUCAAUCCAUAAGUAACGAGGUUAGGGUAGUUACUUUCAGAACUUUAUGGUACAUGUAUACUGGUAAAUCCCAGCUUUUUACAAUAACAGAGCAUUUUUUAUUGGGCUGAUUGGUGGAGAGCUAUGGUCUAUGAGAGUGUAGUCCACCAAAAUCAUCUGAUGAUGGUACGAUUAUUCUUUAUUUAUACUUUUCUCUCUCAUUCUAUUUUCCAAGAGACUUCACCGGAAAUUGUCAUUAAAUUCUGUCAAUGUUAUUGUAAAAACGGAAAUGGACCAUACAUGUAAUUUUCCAUGGUCUGUACUCUAACAGGUCAUCAAAAUGACAUCAAAAUGUGAAACCAUUCACUUGUGGUUCCGCUUGAGUUUUGAACAUUUUGGCAUCUGAUCUACAGCCUACAUGUAUAAGAGUGGCCAUGGGAAAUAAAAUUGUGUUCUGUUUUGUUGAAAUUAAAACAAUUAAUAACUUACAUAUGACUUUUUUUUAUUAUUGUGCUGGUUUGACCUGGAAUAAUAUUUUUUCCACGGGUUUGCAUGGGAAAAGGUCUUCUAUGAUUUUAAAUUCAUUCUCAUGUCAAAUUCUCUCCCCACCCCCCCACGAUUCCCACUUAAGCCAAUGGCCAGUCACUUACUGCCUUUUUGCAGGAUUACUUCCUUUGUUCUUCAUGGGAAAAAAUAAUAAUUAAUCUUUGCUUUAAAAGAAUCAAGCAUUUGAGUUUUGCUAACACCAAUUGAAAACAGAACUCACAUUUUUUUGAUCAUCCCCCAACAGAAAACGCACUUAAACAAAUCAACAUUUUUUGCACAUCUAGAACGUCUUGACUAACAAAUCACCUAUGUAAAAAGAAAUGUACAUCAUCAAAUUAAUGGAAAGUUUGAGAUUGAAUGUAGACUUGAACUCUUGUGCUAAAUGUCCCCAUCAUCAGGAAGUGAUGUGGGGCUGCCUUAUUCACAGUCUAGAUUUUGCCUUUGUUUAAAAACUCAGAGACAUAGCCCAGCAGAUGGAGGCAUGGCCAAAAACACAAAGAAGGUAGUGGUGGUUUUGGCUGGCUGCUGGAUUUUUUGAAAGGCUGCAAUACAAUAAUGAGAUAAUACAGUAUUCUGGGAUUUUCUUCACAGGAAACAGAAUAAUUAUUACAAGUAAACAUGCAAGUUCAACUGUUGGGAAGAAGCAAGGAAGAGGAAAGCUAGAACCAGCAAUUCCUGGCAUGACUAUAGAAAUUCCCAAGAGCACAAGUGGUGACUUCUCCCAGUCUGAUUCAGAGUCCGAUCAUCAUUCAAGUAAGUAAAAAAAAAAAAAAUCAUUCAAGCAAGUGAUUAAAUUAAAGGAACCAAAUUACAUAUAUUGCAAUCAUCCCUUUUCACUUACAAAAUAAAGGAUGGAUUGUAGGCUACUACCUUAAUUUUUUGAGGAAUGUAAAGAAGUUUCCUUUUUAGAAAGGUCACAUUACACUGUAUUUUUUUGGUCUGGCCAGCUCAUCAGGUUAUUCAGUACCAAAAACCUUGUCAGGCAUACCAUAAAUCCGCUAUAAAACCUUUCAAGAGGGGGAGGGGGCUUAUUUUUUUCAAGCACAUUAAUUUUAAGAGGUGGCUCACUAAAUUUUGUAAAGAUGGUGGUACCAAUUCACCAUUAAAGAACUAGUAUGCGGAGUGAAAAAGCUCGGGCACAUGAAGUUGGAGUUCAUUCAGCCGAAGAUCAAAACAAAUCCAAACUUCCAGUACAUGAAUAAACCAGAUCUAAUGCCAGAUCAUUCUACGUGAAGUGUUACAGUUGUGAUUAUUAAUGCAGUCUAUCAUUUAAGAAUAACGGGGGUGAGGAGGGGGAAUUAAAAGAGAGGGGAGGCUAAGGAACAUUGUUCUCAUGAAAAAGGGGGGCUUAUUAGAGAGGGGGGUUUAUGGUACCUUUAGUUUCAAUCUCCUUUAAAAUGAUAAUGUCCAUUAUUUGAUAAGUGCAGUCAUCAUGUCUAAGUGCAGGAUGCAUUUCCUAGUCUAAAAAAUUGUUAAUCUCUGGUUCUAAGGUCUACAUGGGAUAGCAUCUCCUGCAAGGUCCAUUACUCCUGUUGCGCACUAUGGUUUGGGACAUACGAUAAAACACAGGUAUGCGUUGCAUUCUUUCUGUACUUUCUUCUUCAUGUAGAUAAUGUACAAUGUACACUUUAGUAGUAGAACUACAAGUACUGUAGAUUCAGUAGGUUGUCUUUUUUACACCACCAAAGGCCAUAACAUACAAGGAGAGGAACUGUUAGCAACCACCCUUUCCUAGCAGUCAUUUACUUGUUACUAGUCUGUUGUGUCCCAAGAAAGAGCAGCAUUAAUAGUGUUUUCUAUCACACCACAAAUGCCUAGACAAGACUAAAUUCUCUCGACUUGUGUUAAUAACUUCAGAAUCUGUUUUAAUCUUGCUUGUUUUCUGUUUCUAAUAAUAAUAAAAGGGACUAAAAAUUUGAACAGUGCAAAAUUAAUGUACAAGGUCAGUUUGCCACUAAAUUGAUCAAUUUUAUUUAGGUUUUCCCAGAAAACCUUCAUGGUGAAAUUGUCGUGUGAUUUUUGUCAUAAAAUCCUGCUUGUUGGGGUCAAGUGCAAAGAAUGCAAGUAAGUCUGUUUCACCUAUUUAUCCUUUGCUCCCAGAAGUUGGCACAGAAACUAAACAAAAAAAAAAGAAAUUUUUAGAGAAAGAAAAUUAUUUUAGCAAAAUACUGAAAAACAAAAAAAAUGAAGAGGGCGGCUAGGCAAUGGCUGAAAAGUUAACGUGGCUAGCAGCUAAAUACAGGAAUUGCAUUGACCUGUGAUUAGAAGAUAAAAAUAGUAUUUUAAGUGGUAAUGACAUGAACAGUUUUUUGUGGAGGGUUAUGUGGCUGAGCGGUUAACACCUCAAACUCUGGAUGAGGAUGUCCCGGGUUCAAGCCUCGCCCGGUACGUUGUUUCCUUAGACGAGGAAUUUUACUCCACUUUGUCUCUCUUCACCCUGGUGUAUAAAUGGGUACCGGCGACAUACUGCUGGGGGUUAACCCGGCGAUGGACUAGCAUCCCAUCCAGGGGGGAGUAGCAAUACUCCUAGGCUUGCUUCAUGCUACAGAAACUGGAAAUAAGCUCCGGCUGUGUGGGCCUUUGGCUUGUGUGCGCUUUUACCUUUAUCUUACAUGAACAGUUUGUUAUUUGUCAGGUCUUUCCAGAUAACAGUUUUUUGAUACAGAUAGUUGACAACAAAACAUAUUAAAUCUAUAUAAGUGCUCCCCAGGAGACAAAGGAAAUAUUAUUAUUGAAAAUAAACCCAGGUUAAAAAGUUUUAGUCUGAAAUCAAACGCAUAUAAUGUGUCUAUAUUGUUGUCUCUUUGUACACUUUAUUUGACAGGAUGAAGUUUCACAAAAAAUGUUCAAAGCUUACUCCUGCUUCAUGUGGGCUCCCCAAGGGAUGUGGUGAGUUCUUCAAAGACCAAAUCCGUCGAGGUACCAAAAAAUUUGUUUUAGUCAAAUUAGUUGAUAAUGUACAACUGUAGAUAUUUACAUAUACGUGCAGCCACUGUAGUUGGUUUGAGGGGUGUGUUGAGGAACCUUCAUGUUCAUUAUUUUACUAAGGGCCUGUUUACAUGAAGGUGGGGGACCCCAGGUACAUGUAGGUGAGGUAACCCACCCACCUGUCCCUAUAAUCUCUCAUAAUGGUCACCCCACCUAUCAUGUAAACUUUGAUCAAAUUAAAAUGAGAUAUUGUAGGGACAGGCAGGUUACCUCACCCAAGCUGGUUACCUCACCUACGUGGGUCCCCAACUUCCAUGUAAACAGGCCCUAACGCUGUCAAGGAAAGCAAAGACUGUUUUACAGUCUACUUCAUCAAAUAACUGUGUUAAUACAUGGAGUCAACGUGCAUUUUCAGUGAGAAGCUAAAAUAAAUUUAACAAUCUGUUUUGCAUGCAGUUUGUGUUUAAGUUAACUUUAAAAUAUUAUACACUGUUCUGUAACUAUUAAACUUGUGUGUGACUUAUGGCGUUGUCUUUGUAUUACACUUGGAUAAGACAAGCUCUUGAUGGUUUGUCACCUUGGUCUCCACAUUAAUGAACUGGAUUUCAUGAUAGCCUAACUGGCCCCAUAGGAGAUGUUCACUCUGGUACAAGAUUUUUGUCCACUGAAAAUUAAAAUUACUUAAUUUUCUGAUGGAUUCUAUCUUAAUCUCUUUUGCAGCUUUUGACUAUCGUUCAGGCUUUGACUAUCGGUCAUUACCAAUAAGGCGUCCUGCCAUGAAAAGAACAAACUCAGAACCCCUAACCACAAUUCUUCAAAUUGAGAGAUACUGUCGUGAACAAAGCAGACCAAUCCAUGCAAACCGUAGCCAUGGCGACUUGAAUACAGUUGAACCCAAGUGGUCUCAUGUUCCACCUCACAGUGCUGUACCACAUAUUGGUACAAGUGGAGAUUCUUGUUCCAACUCAUCAUCGACAUCAUCACCGCCAUCCUCACCACAUCCCACAGCAGUUAAUGGCACCAGCCUUUCAGCACAGGAAGAGCUUGAUCAGUUUCCAGAUUCUCACUUUUCUUUUACAGGUAAGGUUAUAAUGAACAUGGUAGCCUGUUCCAGGCUCCAAGAUAGUUGGGUCCGCUGAAUUGCAAAAGCACAAACACGAAAAUUACAUGGAUAAAAAAUGAGGAGGAGUAUUAAUUUUGUAAAGAAACAUGUGGGGCUUAACUCUUGAUAAAACACAAACUGUGAGUUUAUUGAACCAGGGCUGUUAUCAAGAGCUGGGGGCCAGGGAUUUCCCCCAGCUAUUAUGAAUGUUCCCUGCCUACUUUCAUGGGAAAAUAGAAGAAAAAUAGAACCAAAAGAAAUCCCUAGCUGUUUGAUCCCCCACCUACUUGUUGUAUAUACCUGGGAACUUGAAAUCUUAGUGACAUACAGCUGUACCUGUUGAACUACACCCACACUUAAAAAUCUUCAUUCUCCCAAGAAAUUUAGGGUUAGAGAUCUUAAGUGCAUUUGAUCAUUAUUAUUCAUAUGUCAAUGCUUAUCAUGAUGUACUAAGCUGUUGUGAAAUAAAAGUAUGGCUGUGUUUUAUGACCUUAACAUUACACUCAUGACCUUGUUUCCAUUUGUUGUUUUUUUUUGUAUGAAUAAUUUAUAAGCUUUUAGAUGGUAACAAAAGCUUCAUUAACAAGCAUUUAAAGCUGUCUAGGGCAAAUUUAAGUUAAGAUUAAAUGAUGUUUAAGAGAUGCAACUAUUGUCUUCAUGUGUACAAUAUGCAUGUUGGGUGCAUGUGAGAGGUUGCAAUAGAAUUUUCAGUCACUAUACUGUUACAAAUCAUUAACACAUGUUCUUCUGAUUGACAGAUGUUUCAGGAAUGACAACUCCCAUGCAAAGGUAAGGUAGCUAGUCGUUGUUUGCUUACUUUACAAAAUGUAGGCAGGGGUUUUGUUUCAGGCCAGACGCCAGAUGCAACACAGGCAUCCCAAACUCACCAAGGGAGUGCUUGUUAAAAAUUAAUACAUCUGGCAAUGUUGCUUAACAAAGGGAUUUAUAGGGUUCAUAUAAAAAUUCAAAAAAAAUUCGCCUUAUCUUAUAGUAGCUACAAAAUGACACAAAAUACAACACAUGUAAGUGUCCUUUAAUUUUCUUUUGUUUCAUCACAAUAAGCCAAGAUAAGGAGCGUUUUUUCGAAUUUUUACUGUUCCCAUAUAAACCCUAUAAAUCCCUUCGUUAUGCAACUUUGCUAGAUGUAUUAAUUUUUAACAAGUGCUCGCUUAGCGAGUUUGGAUGCAACAUUGGGUUGUCUGGUUGUUUGACAUGUAAUAUCCGGUAGAUCACACACGAAAUAAUUCUUUUUUAAGCGUGAAAGUCAUUUCUCAUUUCAUUUAUUAAUCAAAGAUAGAUUUCACUGACAAAUCUUCAUUAAAAUGAUUUUUCUGUUCAUAGUCCCCUAUUUUUUCGUUUCGUAAGAUCGUCAGGAUUGAGCGCUUACUGGUAUGGAAGGCCAUCCUUAGUUUUAUAUGUACCCAGGGGGUGGACGUUGGGGUUUAAAGCGUCCCCUAAGUCGUUUUGACACUCAUCUAAGAGAUGGCUGCCCGGGACUGUGAACAGUCCAGAUGUUUCUGAUGAGUCAAUGCAACAACUGGACUGAACAUUUUUAACCAUCUCUCACAGGAGAUUCAUACACUCUUCAUUUUGGAAUCAACUAAAAUUGCCAAAUCAAAUAUUUCAUUUUUUGUGAGCAUUUUUUAAUGCCUGAAAAAAACGUUUCUGGUUAACCAAUUCCGGUCCAGGGAACGCAAAAAAUUGUGUUUUAGAGAGUCCAAUUUUACCCGCCGGUUCGUGCCUCCAGCCAGCAAAUGACACAAUGUACUUUUGUUACAUUUUGUUAUGUUUACAAUCAUAUAUAGUGAAGGUGUAGGAAAAAGAUGCAUUCAGUCUUGUCUCUGUUUUAUCACUUUUCUAGUGAUGAAAUGAUUGACUCAACAAGCACCCUUGUGAGAACAGAAAGUGUGAAAUCACAACAAAGCAGUCUAACUAUGGCAAGUAAUGACUCGGUAAGUGAACAUCGUUUUGUAAGCCAACCCUCACCUGAUGACAUCGCUGUUAUCAUCAUCAUCAUCAUCAUCAUCAUCAUCAUCGUCAUCUCUUCAUCAUCAUCAUCAUCAUCAUCAUCAUCAUCAUCAUCAUCAUCAUCAUCAUCAUCAUUAUCGUCAUUAUCAUCAUCUAUUUACAUACGAGAAUGCAUAAGGCCAUCAGUUUCUAUAACAACUUUUUACAGGACAGGGUCAUUAGCUCUCAGCCCAGAGUCAUCCCCAACCUGUGGGUCCAGGGGAUCAUUCUUCAUUUUCCUCUACUCUUUGACCACUUUUGCAUGGCUAGCUCUAACAGGGGUUCAAGACUCCAGGCGUCAUAGCUGUAGGGGUCAUGGAGACGUGCAAACAGCCUCAACACUAUAAAGUGGUGACCCUGUCAAGGCAAGCUAUUACUUUUCACAAAUGCGACAUCCUGGUAGUAGAACCAAUCAGAAGCACGUCCCAGAUCUGGAUAGUGAUGCGUCAUCAGUAUGGAAUUUCUUCACUAGUUCCUCGUCAUUUCUUGAGGAGCAGUGGCGUCGCAAAAUGGCGGUUGUUUCCUCAGCCUAUGUUUUUUUCAUGCACACUUUUUCUAAAAGUAAGUUCCUGAAACCCUAUCUUAUUUUGAUUUCUUGGAUUUACCCUAGACACUGUCUGGAGACGAUGUCUCAAGCCCUGAUCAAGGCAUUGAAGCACAAAUAUCUGAUUAUAAUUCUGAGACUGGAACGUGGUCACGUGGUAGGCGAGGGGUAAGUAUAACUCAGAAGUCUUUGUACAGCCUUCCAUCGUCGGGCGCAAACUGAACGCGUGUGUAAACGCAAAGCAUGAAGGCGCAGGGGAUGGAAAUAUUGUCUACCCCUAUUCCUUCCAGGUCUGUGACAACAGAUUCUCUUAAUUUAGUGAAAUAAUGAGCCUUCAGAGAGAAAACGUGCAGUUAACGAGGAAAACAAGUGGACAAGAGUGGCAGUCAGUAAAAAAAAAAAACUCUUUCACUCCCCCCUUUCAACCAUCAACACAGUCAUUCCGUAGAGACUGUAGAAUGUAAAACUAUCUGUGUGAAGUCUGCCUUUUUUUUCUUUUUGCACUGUAUCAUUGCUUAUGCUUCACGCAUGCGAAGCUUGAUUCACUUUUUUUUUUACUAAUUACUUUUUAUCGUUUUAACAUCUGUAAUUUCACAUUCUAUAAACACUUAAUAAAAGAUACCAUAUUAUUUUCAUGAAUAACGUUAAUCGUUUUUUGAUGAGGCACAUGAAAUUAAAAAAAAAUUAUAAAACCUAACAAAAACUAACUGAAUUCCCACAUAAAGCACAUAAAAAAAACCUAGCGCAACCAUUUUAUGAUCGUUUUUAAUCAGAUUAAUGUCCGCAAUCUGAAUGACAUCCAGCCUUACAUACUAAACAUGGUUUGAUAGGAGUUGAGCUCUUUGAAACCCAGUAGAAACUGAAAAGAAAAAAAAAAGGAAAAAAAUACUGAAAUGUUCUCUUUAAUCGCUAAAGUUCAAGUGACCCCUUUACAGAACCCCUUAUUUAGUUUCUAACAAGGGUGUUUGUGUUGAGUUGCAUGCUAUUAAUAUCUAAUUGCGAGUUUGUGUGCCUCUUUGAUGAAAGGUUGGAAAAGCACACAUGCUUUGGGAUUUACAUGUGAGUAAUAUUAUGCUUUAAAUGGCAUGGUUAUAAUUCCUUAAUAUUCUAACUUACAUAAUAUGAAUGUGCAGUAAUCAUGAACUUAAACAAACAUAUUUUAGGAUAGAUCGGGUUGAAAUAAUUUUAGGCGAGAAGUAAAUUAAGCAGAUGCGAUGAUAUAUAGUUGUAAAAUAAUUGUGGCUUAACUUGAAUAUUGAUAUUGAAAUAAAUUAAAGUCAAAAUAAUAAAGCUCUCAUUCAACGGGCUUUAAAUUAAGAUGAAACUACCGUCUCUGUAAAAUAUAGACUAAGCGUAUGAUCCAAAGCUCUUAAAAACAUUUAACUUUGAAAAAGUUUCUCUCGUUUCUUUAAGUAUCCCGAGACUCGAUACCCGCUUCUAACUAAAAACGUUUUUUUAAAGACUGUUUCGAGUGGAAAAGAUCACUCGACAUUUCAAACAAUUUUAUUUCAGUAUAGAGCCGAUUUCUAGUCAGCAGACUUCGAGUAAUAUUCCUUCCCCACGCGUUCCUUUGAGCAGAAAGUAUAAUUUUCUCGAGCAUUGCUAGCAAGGGAAAGUUCCCAAAUUAGCAGCAGAUUUUAUCCAAGCGUACAGUAGUCGUGGUGGACCGUCUACUAGCUACAUGUAAACCAGUGUGAAAUGUGACGGACCUUGUGACCCUCUGCUGCAUGCGUAUGCCAUCUUUUGGCGGGAAAUCGAUGGACCACCGAGACAACUUUGUUUGUUUGUUUGUUUGUUUGUUUUGGCGGGAAAGCGUAUGUCCAACAACGUUUUUGAAAUUAAAGACGACAAGAACAGAAACCAAAAAUUUCAUCUUGUAGUAAAGUUUUCUCGAAAACUAGUGAAAUCUCUUAUUGGUUGUAUUUUCCACACACACUGAGUACUCAAAACCUUAGCGAGAGUACAAAGUGACAAGUUGAAUACGCAACUGUAUAAACAGGUCAGCAGAAAACUGAUUGGUUUUGUAUUUCUUUCUCCUUAGCAACGAGGCAGCUUAAUGUCAGAGUGGGUGAUUCCCUUUGAAGAGCUGGAGAUAACGUGGAGUCCUCUAGGAGUAGGGAGAUUUGGCAAAGUUUAUAGGUAAAGUAAAGCUAAAAGUUUUUCUCCUUCCCUCAUCUUUCUAAGUAUCACGUGGAAUUUUGAGGAAGAAGUUUGAUAUCGCAAUGUCCUUACGCGACGGCGUCCUUGUUUCAUUUGCAAAGCAUGCCGGGAAGGGUGUUGCAUCCUCCUUUGUAAAGACGUAUAAUCUUAGUUCAUAAAUGUGGGGGCUAUGGGGUAUUGGCAAGUUCACCUGGGUGUGUCAAUGUUUUGAUCCUUUUUACGUUUUUGAUAUUUAAAAAUGUUUUUUUCUGUGGAAGUUCCAACUUUUGUUUGUUUGUGUAGGAGGGGAUGAAGAGUGGGUUAAACAACGCACCUGCGACAUUUUUUGUAAACCUGAGCCCUGAAAUAUAAGCUUCCGCAACCCUGUAAUUUAUCAUGUUUUCGUUUGUGGGGAGUCAAAACGGAGCGAGGGGGUAGGGGCAGUAAUCAAGAAAACUAGAUUUUCUCCUUCGCUCGUACCUAUCCUCACCUCUUAUCACUUCUAACUCAAUGUUUGUAGCGUUACCUAUAGUCUGCGUUGACAAAAUCUACAGAAAAACAGUAGAUGGUCUACUAGAAGUGCACUAAGCUUGCUCCUUACAGGAAAUGUACAAUUGAUACAUUUACCAUGAUGCCUAAGACAGGACCAUCAACUGACCUGAUACGACUCACUUUGACUCUGAAGAUGACUACCGCACAGGUUGUCGAGACGUUAGUCACUGUCAACAACAACAGUCCUAUUCAGGACUACGUUCACCCGGACGAUCAAACUCAACCUACUUUAGUAAAUGUACAAUAUGUGAUAGGCAUUUCUUUGUCUUGAAGGGGUCACUGGCAUGGGGAAGUCGCCGUCAAAAUCAUUGAGAUUGAAAAUCCCACAGAAGAGCAGUUAAGCGCUUUUAGAUAUCAAGUCGGAACAUUUCGUAAGACUCGACAUGAGAAUGUAGUACUCUUCAUGGGCGCUUGUAUGGAUCCACCCAAACUUGCUAUCAUCACCAGGUAAUGUUUAAAUUAUCCAACAACAACUUUAUUGACAGCUUUUGUUAUUAGUUACAAAGCUUGUUUCCCACAGGUAGCGUAAGCGCUAGUCGAAGCUGCCAAAAACAGGAGAUCACAUGAUCAAGUAUAGCGAUACUCACGCUGACGUCACCUAUUGAUAUUAAUGUGCCAACCAGAAGCGCGUUGGUUCAGUCUUAAACCUAAGAUGCUAUUGUUUCGCUAAUAGAGAGGAGAAGUGUGACGUCACGUUACCAUGGUAGCAAAAUUUCUGGAUGACAACAAUAAUAAACAAUAAAAAUACCGAAGGAUAUCGUCAUGAUCAUGAUCGUUGAAUCAUUUCCACCGACCAUAGCGAUCAAAAGGAAGAAUUAUUCGUCUUGCUCUAAGUUUUUCCUGAAAUAGAUCCUUGCCCAAACCCUCCACCCUCACAAAAUAUAUAUCGUUGCAUGUAAGAAUUAUCUUUGCUUCAACAGCAUGUGCCGUGGUUUCUCCCUCUAUACUCACGUGCAUGUACGAAAGGACUCCCGACCUCUGCUAAAUUUUGCUCAAAUUUGCACUCAAAUCGCUCAGGUGAGACUUGUUGACUUAUUUUUGUCAGAAUAGCUUUGUCGCUUCUUUGUUUUCAUUAAAGAACAAUUGACGUAUCACUGUUCUAGGAAGUACUCUCUUCGGAAUUUGGUCUUGAAAAUCAAGUGUUGGGUGUUUUUCGAAUCUGGUUGACAUGAUUACCUUCCUUUAUGUCGUUAUAUCUCCAGCAUUUUAGUUAAAAGUACUUUUCCGUGUUGUCUUAAUCACUCUGUUCCUCUACAUAUUGAUCUACAGGGCAUGGGGUAUCUUCACGCUCGAGGUAUCGUUCAUACGGACCUGCGUUCCAAGAAUGUUUUUCUGGAGUUAAAUAACCGUGUAGUGAUCACAGAUUUUGGUCUGUUUAGCGUGGCCGGUCUGACGGCCAAGUCAGUUAGACCAGGUUGGCUGAUGAUACCGGAAGGGUGGCUGCCGUAUCUUGCACCGGAAAUACUCCGCUCGCUCACAACUCAACAAGAUGCUCCGGACUCGUCUCGGUUCACCAUGGCAACAGACAUGUAUGCCUUCGGGUAUGUUAUUUCCUCUUAAGUCACCCACAGCUUUCUUUUGGUAAAACAGGACUUUAGUAUGACAAGACGUUAAAAUUCCCAAGUCAAUAAACUCGAAUAAUUAAAAUCAUAUCUUUGGUGUUGCAGGCGUAUUUUGGGCGGGCGAAAGUUGCUUGUUUAUGUUCGCAUUGCUGUAGCCGCCAUCUUUGAUUUUAUGAGAGAGAAAGAUUGGAGGAGACUUCCUUUGCUUUUAUUUGAAUUCAAUAUGGUGGUUUCAAAAUUGCGCAGUCCUUGACAUUUAUACAGAAACAUUCCAUCGCGCGUAGAAAGCGCCUGCAAUACAGGCUAACAUCAAGGUUCGUGCAGAGUCUUGAAUUCUUGAAAAAGUCUUGAAAAAUGCUCAGCAAUUUUCCAGGCCUGGAAAAAAUCUGGAAAAUAGAGAUGGUAAAGAGUCUUGAGUUUUUUUUCAAAGCUACGACUAGCCGACUUUAUGUGUUUAAUUUUUUUUUGUUUUGGUCAAAUCUUAUUCGAUUUCAUUCGUACGUUUGCAGUGCACCACGAAAAAAAGCUUUGUUCCUGCGUUGUGUUGAUCACCUAUUUGAUAACCUUGAGUCUGGAAAAAGAAAUUAUUGUUUUGGAAAAAGUCUGGAAAAAGUCUUGAAUUUUGGAUCCCAAAAUCUGUACGAACCCUGUAAUAUAAUCAAGGCUCAGUCUUAAAUGCCUUCUGUUCUUAAGGAAGGGGGAGGGGGCGGUGCCACAGUAUCUUGUUUCUUUAAAGGGAAUAUGUCACGCUAUUGAACAAACUUGUCUUCGCAUCAAUUGAAUUUCAAAAAAUAAUGGUCCAGUUUUGUUUUGUAGGACUAUGGGCGCUUUCCAUUCAACCCAAAAUUCCGGAAAUUACCGUUGGUACAUCAAAUGGAACGGACCAUUUCGGUUUGGUCCGACCGAAAUAUUCGGGACCAGCUUUGAAGGUGAUGCACUUUGACCGGUCUGGUCAUUUCGGUCGGUUGGUUCCUCGGACCGAAAUGUCCCUUUCCAUUUGACAAAAUUGUUGUUCCCACUACCGCUCUCUUGUAUCCUGCUUACAAGAACAAGAACCAAACGCGCAGUGGCUUGGGUCGGGUCUGUGCAACUGGAAUGUACCAUCCAUUGGGCACGUGGAAUUUCCGAAAUUUCAAACCGGAAUUUUUUUUUGAAUAGAGAGCGCCAUAGAACUGUUUUGGGGUUCCAAUUUUGACCCAGUAUUUCGCACAUCCUCGAAAUGGCCGAUAGAAGAAGCGAGAACGUACCCCUAGUCCCAUACAGCAAUUCGGCACCACACCGAUCCAUUGUUACUUGCAACCUCAAAAUGGCGGUUAAUUGCUCGUGCUGAUACGAAUUCACUUUGAUAAUCUUUUGUCCUUACCCAGAACUGUGUGGUACGAGAUGUGCUCAGGCUCGUGGCCAUUCAAAAAGCUUAUUCCCGAAGCGAUUAUCUGGCAAGUCGGAAAAGGCGUUAAACAAUCGCUAGCCAAUAUUGACGUCUCGAGGGAAGUAAAGGUAAGUCAGUACGAGAAACAGGAUAAAUCAGGGCGAAGUACCAAAAAAAUAUUCGCGCAAGGGAAAAUUAAAUGAAAAAAAAUUCAUGCACGCCUAUUUAUCCUAAAAAAUAUUCAUGCUAUGGCCUAAAAAAAAUUCAUACAAUAAAUUUGAAAAAUUCCUGCGGCUCGAAAAUUCCUUCCCCGCCCCAUAACUUUUCUAAUGGUCCGUCCCUAACGCCAAACUAAGUGUAUCAAGUGCUUGGGAAAACUCUCGUGGGGGCGUCCGCUAAAUAGAGGUUUCAUUUCCCAUUCUUUUCUACAAUUAUUUCGGGACUUUGAUUAGUGGCCGCUGAAUGGAGGUUCAACUGUAAUUUGCAAUGCUAGAAGCGUGUUUUUCUGCCCAGCUAAGUGACAACAAAUUCAACAUUUCUCAGUUCUGAAUGUGUGGGAAUUGUGGUAGGUUCACCGACGUGAACAUAUUUUGUCUGUUUCAGGAUUCAUUGACUAUGUGCUGGGCAUUUGAUCCCGAAAAGCGGCCGACUUUUAGUGAAUUGCUCAGAAUUUUAGAAAGACUUCCUAAACAGCGACAGCGGCUAACCAGAAGCCCUUCUCAGCCGUGUACCGUCGGCAGAGCGACUGAGGCGCUCAUAUGAAUUGAAUGAAUGAACCAUUCCGGAAAUUAAUUCUGAGUGGAGGAAGAGUGAAUUCUCUAUUACAGAAAACUGCGAGUGUCUGGGGAGAAGCUGCAGUCGGGCAAGCGCUUCUGGGUUAUGGUAACCGUCCCGUUCCCGUCCCGUCCCGCAAGGCAGACGCAACGCCAUAUAUGCACGAAUGAAGAUUUUAUAAUGAAAGGCAUUCAGCUACAAUAGGCUGGCUCGUCCCCUGGCAUCUUUUAGUGCCAAACUGACAAAUAUUACUUUUAUAGUACUAUUCACAAAUGCUGUGAUUUUUUAACCUUUUAAAAUUAUAAGCUGAAGGGAUCGCAAAAUUGAAAGAAAUUACUCCGCGGUUCGGUCAGUGUGGAUUCCAACCUAAGAUUUUUGAUACAAGAAUUUAUUAGAUACAACAAAUGACGUUGAGAAAUAUUACAACACAAUAGUUCCAAUUUUUAAGUUUAAGCCUCGGGGUUUUAUCCACAAACGGCCAGCUUUGCAUUACCGGGGAACAUCGCAAUGAUCGAGAACUUGGUUCAAUUUGUGUACACUCUUUUGUUAAAGUCAUUUGAAUUUUUUUUUUUUUCAUAAUUUUUUUUUUGGAAAGGGUGAAGUUAGACAUGAAGCUGAGCUUGGCAUUUGCCCUGUAAAAUAGGAAUUUGUAAAUAGAGUAAUAAUUAUUGACUGACUUGAGUCCCUGUGGGAUCACAAAUCAACCGUGUGCUUUGUCACGAGAAAAUAUUUUGUUUUACUUUUAGGCUGUAAUAUUAGGUCUCAGACUUUGCUUUUUCGAGAAAAGGUUUUGUAAUCGCAAAAUACGAUUUUAUAAUUUUAGUAUUACCAGUCACUGCUUUAGAAACAGAUAAAAAUUAAGGUCUCAAAAUGGUUCAUAUUGAGGUAGCCUGCGUACGCAGGCUAAUUUUGACGGAGCCCGCGUAGCCUGUGGAAUUGUUAGCGCGGGCAUAAGUUUUGGAGGAGGAGCUGCGGAGCCGUGCGGAGAAUGGGGAGGAGGCUAAGGACACGUUAAUUCCUCCAGCUACGCAGGCUAAUUUGGAGGGUACGCGUGUAACUGGGUCAGUCCAUUUUCGAAUUUCGCUAUGGGACUGUGUUAGAAGGAAGCCAUAACUUUUUUAUCGGCUAUUAACACUCGUUCCUGGCGCCCUCUCCUGGACCAUGGGAACGAGGUUGGGCUAUUCAGAGGUUGCGCGGGAAACUGGGUCAAACUUCUUCUCUAUUAAAGAAGGCCCACAAUGCAAUUCAACACCAAACCGACCCAGUCUCUUGCCCAACCUUGAACUGACACGACUUUUCGUAAACUUGUUUAGUGUACGUAAUUUCUUUAUUGCAGGGUACUAUCAUGUACAAGGUUGACUUUACUUCAGUUUUGAUAAUUUAUUUUCCUGGAAAAAAAUAACUGCUCGAAAUGUAAUAUUGUAUAUUGUUAUCAACUCUUAAAGC